CGAACAGUGGCCUGGAUCACUCGCUACCGACUGGUAGCCGAUUGAAAAUGUGCGCGUUAUCAAAUGUUUUUAAAGUAUAAACUGUGAAUUGAUUGGCUAUUUGUAAUUAUCGUUUUUUUUAAAGAUAAGACGACAGGUGAAACUCACAAAAUGCCAUUGGAUGCCAGUGCUUAACAAAUAUCGAUGUGAUGAGGUGAUAUUUGAUUUGUGCAGUGUUUGUGUGUGACUCAAGACGUUUUGUUAUAAUAUGUGGGGGGCAGCGGUGUCGAAUCCGCCGCACUACCAUUACGUUCAAGGACCUGCUGGUCCAAUUCCUCAAGUAGGGCCUAAUGGUCCGAUAUUGUCCGGUCCUUCGACGAGGCAUUUACGUCCGCAAUCAUCGUACUCUUUGCCUCAUGGUACCAAUGGGCCCGGGCGUUGGAGUUGGUCAGGAAGUAAUGUCUCGUCAUUCGAUCGAAGACAGCUGAAGGUACCUCCACAACCUGCUCGCCCUGCUCCAGUAAGGCCUUCACAAAGCCGAUACACUGGAAAUAAUAAGGUCGACCCCGAGCUGAUCUUCACGAAACAGGAGAAGAUCGGCAAAGGCUCGUUCGGUGAGGUGUUUAAAGGUGUCGAUAACAGGACCCAGCAAGUGGUCGCUAUUAAAAUAAUCGACUUAGAAGAAGCUGAAGAUGAAAUCGAAGACAUCCAGCAGGAGAUCAUGGUGUUGUCACAAUGUGACAGCCCCUACGUUACUAAAUAUUACGGAUCAUACUUAAAGGGAACAAAACUAUGGAUUAUAAUGGAAUAUUUGGGCGGAGGGUCGGCGCUGGACCUUAUGAAGGCUGGCAGCUUCGAGGAGAUGCACAUAGCGGUGAUCCUCCGGGAGGUGUUGCGGGGCCUUGAUUACCUGCACUCCGAAAGGAAGCUGCACAGAGAUAUAAAGGCUGCUAACGUACUGCUUAGUGAAAUGGGCGACGUCAAGCUGGCUGAUUUUGGUGUGGCGGGCCAGUUAACGAACACGACAAGUAAACGCAACACUUUCGUGGGCACACCGUUCUGGAUGGCGCCGGAGGUGAUCAAACAGUCGUGUUACGACAGCAAAGCUGACAUCUGGUCCCUCGGCAUCACCGCCAUAGAGCUGGCUAAAGGCGAGCCUCCCAACUCAGAGCUACACCCCAUGAGGGUACUCUUCCUCAUUCCCAAGAACAACCCUCCGCAACUGACAGGCAGCUACUCAAAACCGUUCAAAGAGUUCGUCGAGGCGUGCCUGAAUAAGGACCCAGAAAAUAGACCAACAGCUAAGGAAUUAUUAAAGUUCCAGUUUAUAAGGAAGGCAAAGAAGAAUUCGUAUCUAAUGGAUCUUAUAGAUAGGUAUAAGAAGUGGAAGGCGCAGCGGAGCGAGGAGAGCGAAACCGAGUCGGAGAAUUCAGAUUCAGAGGAGUGUCGAAGUGGUGACAGUGAGGCGGACGAGCCCUGGAUCAUGACAGUCCGGGGUGGAGCUCUACAGCCGCCCGCAGAACGAGACAACAAGCGACGCAAUAACCACCACGACGAUAAUGUGGCACCCCGAGAGACGUCAGUAGUGGGUGGCGCGAAGCAGAACGGAGGCGCGGUGUCGGCGGAGGCCGCCGGCGCCGGCGCGCCGCCCGCCGCCGCGACACACGCCAACAACAACUCCGCGGACAAACUGCCGACCCGGCAAACGUCGAACGUGCAAGUGAACGCGGAACAAAGGAGCACGAAGGAACGCGAACGCGACCGAGGCGACCGCAACGAGCGCAAGGAGAGAACUGAACAACACCAGCCCUCCAACAGGGAUAGCGUAGUCUAUAAUAAAAACGCCACGCCUUUGGACGAUAGAGGAACAAACAGCGAAGAGAACAAAGUGAAGAGACAUCCGUAUUUGCAACAACUUAUAUAUCCACUACUCAAUGAGCUGUCCCGCAAGCACGGGUCCGGCAGCGCGGCCGCCAUCGAGGAGCUGCGCCGCGCCUUCGAGCACGCCGAGCGCGCCGCACCACACCUCACGCGGGCCUUCGUACAACAGGUGGUGCAGAGGGUGGCAACUCAGUCGCACCAGCCGUCGACGCCCUCCCACAACCCUCCCUCGCAGCAGUGGAUGAGGUAGGGAUCUAUAAUAGCCGUAGCGUGAGCGAGCAAGUCGCGGCGCUACCUGCGCACUGGAGAUGAGACCACGAACCAAUGUACCGGCGGACACUUGACUACGUAUUUGUUACAAACACACCCAACCAACCACUAGUGUGAUAUGUACGUAGUAAACGUUAAACCUCACACGUGAUAACUCAAUAACUAAAAAGGAAACUGCAGUUCUAUGGUCAUUGUUUUAAAAAGAUUUUUGAAAUAUAAAAUUGUUGAACAGCAGACUUCUGUUCCACGUGUAAGGUUUCCCGUUUGUUACGUAGGUACCAUUAUAGUUUAAGACCGAUAGCAAAUAGUACGUCAAACGGUCGCCGACUAUACUUAUCAAUAUCAAAGUAUUCACAUCAAUUGCUAUUUUGUAAAACAUUUUACUGUCACGUUUAGAAACACGUCUUUGAUAACUAAACACUUAGCAAUAGAUUUCUAUAUUGUGUAUGUUUCAAUCUUCAUUUCUUAGUUCGCGCGCUACCUGUGCCGACACAAGAACAUAUUUCGAUGGUACACAGUAAUCAGUUCUCAUUCAUUCUAUUCAUAUUUGUUAUAUUUUCGUUCUAAUUGUGUUCUUAUCUAUUUCUGAACGAUAAAUCUAUUUAAAUUAUUUUGUUACUGGAUGCAAAGGGCAUUACAGUUAGAAUAAUCUUUAUCAUCACGCUGUGAUUAUAAUAUUUUAUAUUUAUCGUGAACUGACACACCUGUCGAAUAUAUUCUUACUUAUACCACUAUAUUGACAAGGCAUUAACUAUUAGCAUUUUUUGUUCCUCUAACAAAAUGUUAUGUAACAUGGGUCGACGUGUAGCCGCAACCGAGUCACAAAGUUGCAAUGCCAUAGUGUAAUAAAUAAAAAUAAACGUAAUAAAUACUUAAGAUGGUUAUGUCUUAUAAUAUUUUAUAUUAUGUGCAUUAUUUGUGUAAAUAUCAUUUAGUUGUGAUGUCAUAACGCCUGCGGUAACUUAGUUGUGCUAACAAGUAACACGCAAUAUCUGUGCGAGCUAACGCAGCGCAGUAUUUAUAGUGUCGCGACCACUCGAGAGUCGGUCCUAUGGCCGCAUGAUUAAGUUUUCACUGUGAGUUGUUUUAGUAUAAUUUCCCCGCGGCUGUUUGUUGAGUGCCUGGGUUUGUUUUACAACGGUAUUGGAUCUUUUUAACUUAAAUAUUCGUGGAGAGCUCAUUCGCUAUACUUCGCCAAUAUUUUGCCAUAAUAUUUUUUUUUCUAAAAUUUAUUUUUACUAACACUAUCGUUUUGUAUAGAGAAGUCUGAUUGAUAUUGUGAUCAGUCGUCUAAAUUCUAACAUAUUUAUAUGCUUUAGAAAUCGAUGUUUGAAACUUUAUAGAAAGUGUUAAGUGUCAUUCCAAACAAAAGACAAUAUUGUCAGCAUUUAUAGAUUAUUUGAGUUGAUUUUGUGAAGUUGCAACAUCUGUGAACUGUCCGCUUGUGAAAAAUUGUUAUAAAUUCCCGUAGUUUAGUUAUUUGAAGCUUAGAUUUAGUUGUGUAUUCGGCUACUUACCGACUUGGAAUUAAAUUAGUGACUAAUACAUGUUCUUAAAGAAUAAUAGUCCGAUCACUGUUUCAUAGUUUCGUUCGUAACUAGGAGAGGAUAAUGGUAGAGAGUCGAAGGAUUCGAGUAUUUUGUUAAUAUUACGAUGCAGACAUCAAUGACCAUGCGAUGUCGUUAUAAAUAAAAACAUGCUUAAUAUGCGACAAUAUUUAGCAAUUGGGAGUAUAUAGAGUAUAUUAUAAUGAAAACUACAAACAUUAUUAUUGCUGUGUAAAAAUGUAAACCUAAUAUAAAUGUAAAUUAUGUAGUAUAAUAUAAAGCUGUUUUAUGAAGUGUUCUUAUAAGCAUAUGGAGAGUAGUUAUUGUCUUUCCAAUUUACGUAUGUGAGCGCGGCCGAGAGCACGGCCCACGUUGUUUAUAACGUCUAGUUUGUAGUGUCCAGGUACCUCGGUAUCCCUAACGUAGGAAGGAGUAAUAAAUUGCCUCUGACGCGUAGUUCAUAAGUCCCGGUGGGCCGUGCUCUCGGACUGCGCUGUAUUUUGCCUUGAAUUUUUGUUUUGCCAUGUGAAAAUAUCAUGGAAGAUGUUAGUUUGAUUUCGAUGGAGGAUCAAAAAUUAUUUUUCCACUUGAUCGUAUAAAUAAAGCGUGUAGUGUUAGAGGUGGGCGAUAAUUGUUGAUUAUUGAUU